AUGUCGUCCAUUGACCGCUACUCCACCCCUCUCGCGGGUCGCUGGAACUCCAGCAAUGACAUGGCUGUCUUAUUCUCCCCAAAGACCCGUUCUACUACCUGGAGAUACCUCUGGCUGUGGCUCGCCAAAGCCGAAAAACAAUUGGGAGUCGAUAUCUCAGACGAAGCUAUCGCCCAGAUGGAAGCUUCCGUUGAAGUCAAUGAAGAAGAUCUCAAAGUCGCAGCAGAGGAAGAAAAGAGGAGACGACAUGAUGUUAUGGCUCAUGUUCAUGCUUAUGGACUUAGAGCUCCGGCUGCAGCUGGGAUUAUUCACUAUGGCGCAACAUCAUGCUACUGCACCGACAACGCCGACUUGAUCUUCCUGCGCAAAGGUUUCGACAUCCUCAUUCCCAAACUCGCAACCUUAAUCGACCGUCUCUCCAAAUUCGCCGUCGAACAAGCCGCCACUCCAACCCUAGGCUACACCCACGGCCAAGCAGCCCAACUCACCACCGUCGGAAAACGCACAACCCUCUGGAUCCAAGACCUCCUCUGGGAUCUCCGAAACUUCAUCCGCGCGAGAGAUGAUUUAGGUUUCCGUGGCGUCAAGGGUACAACGGGUACCCAAGCUUCUUUCCUUGCCAUCUUCCAGGGCGAUCAUGAUAAAGUUGAGAAAUUGGAUGAGUUGGUUACCGAAAUGGCUGGGUUUAAAUAUGCAUACCCCGUUACGUCGCAGACAUACUCUAGAAAGAUUGAUAUCGAUGUCGUGCAAGCUUUGGCUGGGUUCGGAGCUACAGCCGAGAAUAUAGGAACACAGAUUCGAUUGUUGGCAUCGAAGAAGGAGAUGGAAGAACCAUUUGAGAAGGAUCAGAUCGGUAGCUCGGCUAUGGCUUAUAAGAGGAACCCGAUGAGGUCGGAGAGAAUAUGUUCUCUCGGAAGAAUGUUGGGGAAUAAGGCGAAUGAUGCUUUGGCAACCUUCCGAACCCAAUGGCUCGAACGUUCUCUCGACGACUCUGCCAUCCGCAGAAUCAUGAUCCCAGAAGCCUUCCUCACCGCCGACGUCCUCCUCUCAAUCCUCAACAACGUCGCCUCGGGUCUAGUAAUCUACCCAGCCAUCCUAAACAAACACAUCAAAGAAGAACUCCCCUUCAUGGCCACCGAAAACAUCAUCAUGGCCAUGGUCGCCAAGGGUGCAAGCCGACAAGAUACUCACGAAGCUAUUAGAGUACACUCCCACGCCGCCGGUGCCGUCGUAAAGAUGGAAGGUGGUGAUAACGAUUUAGUCGAGAGGGUUAAGAAAGAUUCUUUCUUUGAACCUGUUUGGGCAGAGUUGGAGGAACUAUUGAAGCCUGAGACUUUUGUCGGAAGGGCACCGGAGCAGACAAGGAAAUUUGUAGAGAAGGAGGUUGCAGAGGCGCUGAAGCCCUUGAGAGAGUCGAUGAAGGGAGUGGUCGAGGUCCAGUUGACAGUGUAA